AUAAUCAAUAUUCAUGAGAAAACUAUGGUCUCCUCUUUGAUUUCAGUGGACGGAGGAUGGUCCAAAUGGACGAAUUUCGGAUUCUGUCGAGCACCUAAAUGUGGAAAAGGUUUCCAAUUCAGAUCAAGAAGCUGUGAUCAACCAAGACCUCAGCAUGGUGGUAUACCCUGUGAUGGAUCUGCCUUUGAAAGAAUUGAAUGUUUCAAUGAUCAAAGAUGUCCAAUAAAUGGUUCAUGGUGCGACUGGGGAGAGUGGACUACUUGUUCCGGUUCGUGUGAAGCAAACGAUUCAAUUCAAACUAAAGAAAGAAACUGUGUUUGUCCAAAACCGAAAUUCGGAGGGAAAGAUUGUGAAGGUAAGCUUAAUUAA